UAUUAGACCGCCCACUUUAUUCUUUGUUCCUUCUGCAAGUCGAGAAGGCUGCGCCGGAGUAUUUAUUUCUUUUUUCAUAGUGAGCGGGGAGCCACUUCAACCACCACCAAUGUACAGCAUCCACCUGGAGGAAGUGAUAGCAGAAAUGACCAGGAGGUUUCUGAUGAAGUAGGUUGCACCCUUACCUGUGGGCAGCUCCAUCACAAGGCAGUAAAUGUGAAUGGUCGGGACAUUUUAGAAGAAAGCAGAGGAAGCUACACUGAAUAUAAUCGUUCAUGUGCUAAGUUCCAUGGAACAAAACCUGGUCCAGAUUAAGGAAGAAGAUUGUGACUGGGAGACACCAGAUAAAGAUCUCCGGAUAAAGCAGGAGGACAAUGAAUGGGAGAAUGCGGCUAUUAAAGACAACACAUUUAAACAGGGAGAUGAGAAUAUUAAGAGAGAGCUUCCCGAUCAAUUGUCUACCAACUCUAAGAACAGUGAUGACAUUUUAAAUCGUAUGAAAGAAGAUUGGUCUUCCAGUUUAAGCUCCUGUCCAACGGUAAAACAUGAGGCCGCUGUUUUUGGGUGUGAGACGUUGACAGAUUGCUCUUCUCAGCAGAACUCAGUGCCUACAAGGCCAAUACCAUUUGAGUCUGAUGACCAGGUCACUGAAGAGAGAUGGGACACUAGAGCACAAGGUCAACAGUCAUCAGCUUGUCAGCCCGCACAAUGUUUGAGAGAAAGUAGCAGCCGCUGUCCUUCUUCUGGAAGUCAACAGCAUGAAAAUAUAACAAAACUGAGUUCUGCAUCCCAAAUAAAGAAUGCAACGACUAUAUCGUUCAACAAGGAAUUUUCAGGUAUGGAUGGCCAUCAUAAACUUGAGAGCCUUUGCACAGGAACAUCGAAACCAACCAGUCUUCCCACAGAAGAAAAACCGUAUUGCUGCCCUGAAUGUGGAAAACGAUUCUUGUAUAUAAGAAACUGUCAGGCUCAUGUGAGAAGUCACACUGGACAAAAGCCCCAUCGUUGUUCAGAAUGUGGCAAGCAAUUCUCGCGCAUGAGCAGUGUUCAGAUACACAUGCGGAUUCACACAGGAGAGAAACCCUAUUCUUGUUGCGAAUGUCACAAAAGGUUUGCAUACAUAUCAAAUCUUCAAACGCACAUGAGGAUUCACACGGGAAACAAACCACAUUGCUGCUCUCAGUGUGGCAAACGAUUCCCACAUUUGUGCCAUCUUCAGAAUCAUAUGCGAAUUCAUACUGGAGAGAAGCCGUUCUGUUGUUCUGAUUGUGGCAAGCAAUUCGCAAAACUCACGAUUCUCAACAAACACAAAACAAUUCAUGCAGAACAGAAGCCAUAUGGUUGUUCUGAAUGCGGCAAGCAAUUUUCAUGGCUAAGUAGUGUUCAGUCACACAUGAUGAUUCACACUGGAGAGAAAAGACAUUGCUGCUCAGAAUGUGGCAAACAGUUCUCACGCAUGAGCAGUCUUCAGAUACACAUGCGAGUUCACACGGGAGAGAAACCACAUUCUUGUCCCAAAUGUCCCAAACAGUUUACAUGUAUAUCAAAUCUUCAGAUGCACAUAAGAACUCACACAGGAGACAAGCCACAUGGCUGCUCUCAGUGUGGCAAACGAUUUUCACAGAUGUGCCAUCUUCAGAGUCAUAUGCUAAUCCAUACUGGAGAGAAGCCAUACUGCUGCUCUGAAUGUGGCAAGCAAUUUGCACAACUCAUCCAUCUCAAAAAACACAAAGCGGUUCAUACAGGCGAGAAGCCAUAUCGUUGCUCCGAAUGUGACAAACAGUUUUCCCGGCCAAGUAGUGUCCAGUCGCACAUGGCGAUUCACACAGGGGAGAAAAAGCAUUGUUGUUCAGAGUGUCCUGCACGAUUCUCCUGUAUGAGCAAUCUUCAGCGGCACACGAGGGUGCACACUGGAGAGAAGCCAUAUUGCUGUUCUGAAUGCAGCAAGCGAUUCUCACAAAGGAGUAGUCUCCUGUCUCACAUGAUGACUCACACUGGAGAAAAACCACAUUGCUGUUCUGAGUGUGGCAAACAAUUUGCAGAUAAAAGCAGCCUGCGAAGACACAGGAGGCUUCACAGCGAAAAUUAGCCACAUUGCCAUAUUGCACGAGGCAGGCCUUUCCCAUUUCCAAGUCACAUAACGAGACAUGUGAGGAUUCAAAUGGGAAAGACUGACAGUGUUGUGUGUCUGACUGAUUGUAUCCCAUGCUCCUAUUUUUGUUUCCUUUGUCUAGAUUAAAGUAUUUCAAU